AUGGCGUCUCCUCGCCGCCUCUCCCUCCCACUCCGCUUCCUCAUCUUCAUCCCUGUCCCUCUCUUCCUUGUCCUCCUCCUCUUCCACCGCUCCUCUCAUCCUACCGCCCCGCUCCUCCACACCGCCGGCUCUGGCUCCGGCCCCAGCCCCGAUCCCCGCCGCUUCUCCCUCCUCAUCAAGCUCCUCGCCUACGACCGGCCGGCCGCGUUUCGCCGCUGCCUCCGCUCCCUCGCCGCCGCUGACUAUGACGGGGACCGCGUAGCGCUCCACGUCCUCCUCGACCACCGCCCGCCCAACUCCUCGGUGUCCCCCCUCGCCGCGUCGCACGAGAUCCUUGACUUCGUCGACGCGUUCCCGUGGCCACACGGCGAGAAGCGCGUGCACUACCGCGCCGCCAACGCGGGGCUCCAGGCACAGUGGAUCGAGGCGUGGUGGCCCGGCUCCGACAACGAAUUCGCCUUCGUCGUCGAGGACGACCUCCAGGUCUCGCCGCUCUACUACAGGUUCCUGAAGCGGGUGGUCAUGAGGUACUACUACGACCGUGAGAACUACAGCCCCUACGUGUUCGGCGCGUCGCUGCAGCGCCCUCGGUUCGUCGCAGGUAAACAUGGAAACAAGAUACAGCUGGAUAGUGAGACUCAGCUUUUCUUGUAUCAGAUGGUAGGCACGUGGGGUCAACUUCUCUUUCCAAAACCAUGGAAAGAAUUUCGAUUAUGGUAUGAUGACCACAAAGCCAAAGGACUCAAACCUAUUCUCCAAGGCAUGAAAACUACAGGAUGGUACAAGAAGAUGGGUGAGAGAAUAUGGACUCCUUGGUUCAUUAAAUUUGUCCACUCACGUGGAUACUUCAAUAUCUACACAAACUUGCUGAAGGAAAGGGCCCUCAGCGUCUCUCAUAGGGAUGCAGGUGUGAACUAUGGGAAAAGUGUUGGGCCAGAUUCUACUUUGUUGGAUGGGAAGAAUCUUGAUUUCAAUUUAUGGGAAUUGCAGCCUCUAAAGAAGCUAAAGUGGUAUGAUUUCUGCUUCAAUGAAGCUCUUCCAGGAAGAAUUGUUAGAAAAAAUAGUGUACUUGGUUCUGUGCUCAAAUCCGUGCAAUUAAAAAGUACUGUUGUUCUUGUAACUCUGUACUCAAUAGAAGAGAGAUUUGCAAGAAACUUGAUUUGCCAUCUUGACAAGGCAGGCAUGAAGAACUCUAUUUUCCUUGGUGACAAUUCAGAGUUUCUGGAUGACCUUGCUCAUAGAGGAUAUCCUGUCAUUGAUGAUGAAGGUUUGAUGUUUAUAAGGAGCUCACUAGACUUGAAAAACAAAUGGAAUGAACUUACUAUGUCAACAGUGAAAGCGAUGUGUACAUCUACUGAAUUUUCUGUUUCCAUCAAACAGAAGAGUUUUGUCCAUAUGCUAACUGAAGUGCUGGCGAGCAGUGCUGGUGUUAGGCUGGGAAAACUAGAUGGGGCUAUCAGAGUUAUUGAAUUAGGGCCUAACACCUCAAACAGAUCAAUAUCAGAAGACCAAAGUAAUGUGCUUUUUUGGUCUCACAGUAGGGCUUCAGAUUCAGUUCAAAAGCAACUUGAAAAUAUGGACUUAUGGUUGGUUGACUCAGAUUCGUCUUGUAGUGCUGUUGUUUGUCACCAAAAGCAGAAGUAG